GCCGGCCGCCCGCACCGCCGGCAGCCCGCCCAUGGUGCAGCGCAUGUGGGCCGAGGCGGCCGGGCCUGCGGGUGGCCCCGAGCAGCCGCUGUUCCCGGGCUCCCGGCGGUGCCGCAGCGUGUGGGACGCCGUGCGCUUGGAGGUGGGCGUCCCCGAUCCCUGCUGCCCCGUGGUGCUGCACAGCUUCACGCAGCUGGACCCCGACCUGCCGCGCCUGGAGGUGUCACCGCAGAGUUCGACGCAGGAGAUCAGCGAGGAGCUGGUGAAUGGGGUCAUAUACUCCAUCUCCGUACGCAGGGUCCAGGCGCACCACGGCACCCCCCGGGGUCAGCGUUGGCUAGGGUGUGAGAACGAAUCACCUGUCAGCCUGUUGGAGACAUGCCAGGUGCGCACAGUAAAGGCAGGCACACUAGAGCGGCUGGUGGAGCACCUGGUGCCCGCCUUCCAGGGCAGCGACCUGUCUUAUGUCACCAUCUUCCUCUGCACCUACCGAACCUUCACCACCACCCAACAGGUCCUCGACCUGCUCUUCAAAAGGUACCGAACCUGUGAUGCCCUCACGGCCCCCUCUAGAUAUGGCUGCAUCCUGCCCUACUCUGGCCAGGACGGAGGUUCCCAGGACCAACUCAAAAAUGCCAUCUCCUCCAUCCUGGGCACCUGGCUGGACCAGUACUCUGAGGACUUCUGCCAGCCCCCUGACUUUCCCUGCCUCAAGCAGCUGGUGGCUUAUGUACAGCUCAAUAUGCCCGGCUCAGACCUGGAACGCCGUGCCCAUCUCCUUCUAGCCCAGUUGGAAAAUGCGGAACUCACUGAGGCUGACCCCGAGGCUCUGGUACCUGCUCCAGUGCCAGCUAUAAAGCCAACUCCAGAUCUUGAACCAGCUCGAGUAUCCAGGCCUGCUCCAGAACUGGAGCCCACCCAGGUCCUGUCUUUAGCGCCCAGCCCAUCUCCAGAGCACGCAUCAGCCUUGGCACCGGUUCUUGCACCCAGCCCAGCUUCAGAGCUGGAGUCGGAAGUGAGACUGGCUCGAGUGUCCAGUCCCACGUUGGAGCUAGAGUCGGCAUUAAGACCAGCUCAGGUGCCCAGCCCUGCUCCGGACCUUGAGUUCUCUCAGUUACCAGCACAAGUGCUCAGCCCAGCUCUGGAGCCCGAGUCAGCAGCUUCACUGAGCAGUGGAGAUGAACCAGUAGCAACCUCAACACCGGCAUUGGAGCUAGAGGCGGCUCUGUUGCAGACCUUCGAACUGGAAGCGGCUAGCUCAGUGGCCGAGCUUGCCUGGCCUUCUCCCGGGGCUGUGGAGAAUGGGCUGCCUGAGCAGCCGCACAUCUUGACUUUUUCUGCUGACCUGGUGGCUGAGCAAUUCACAUUGAUGGAUGCGGAGCUGUUCAAGAAGGUAGUCCCAUACCACUGCCUGGGCUCCAUCUGGUCGCAGCGGGACAAGAAGGGCAAAGAACACCUGGCCCCAACAGUGCGGGCCACCGUGGCCCAGUUCAACAGCGUCGCCAACUGUGUCAUCACCACGUGCCUGUGCGCCCGUAGCGUGUCGCCACGGGAUAGAGCGAGGGUCCUGGAGCACUGGAUUGAGGUGGCUCGGGAAUGUCGGGCCCUUAAGAACUUCUCGUCCCUCUAUGCCAUCCUGUCUGCCCUGAAAAGCAACUCUAUCCACCGAUUGAAGAAGACAUGGGAGGAGGUGCCUCGGGACAGCCAGCGCGUGUUCCAGAAGCUGUCUGAGAUCUUCUCAGAUGACAACAAUUACUCCUUGAGUAGGGAGCUGCUCAUCAAGGAGGGCACCUCUAAAUUUGCCACCCUAGAGAUGAAUCCCAAGAGAGCCCAGAAGCGGCCAAAGGAGACUGGCGUUAUCCAGGGCACCAUCCCCUACCUGGGCACCUUCCUCACAGACCUGGUGAUGCUUGACACAGCUAUGAAGGACUAUUUAUAUGGAAGACUGAUCAACUUCGAGAAGAGAAGGAAGGAAUUUGAAGUAAUCGCCCAAAUCAAGCUGCUGCAGUCAGCCUGUAACAACUACAGCAUUGAGCCUGAGGAGGCUUUUGGCACCUGGUUCCGGACCAUGGAGUGGCUCACUGAGGCAGAAAGCUACAACCUGUCCUGUGAGCUGGAACCCCCCUCGGAGCUGGCCAGCACCACACUGAAGGCAAAGAAGAGCACAGCCAUCGUGAAGCGCUGGAGCGACCGCCAAGCCCCCAGCACUGAGCUCAGCACGGCCGGCAGCUCCCAUUCCAAGUCCUGCGAUCAGCUACGCUGCGGCCCCUACCUGGGCGGCGGGGAUGUAUCCGACGUGCUGAGCGUGCACUCAGCCGGGUCCUCCAGCUCUGAUGUGGAUGAGAUCAACCUGAGCUUCGUGCCUGAGUCCCCAGACGUGCAGGAGAAGAAGUUCUGGGAGGCCGCUUCCCAGUCGUCCCCGGAGACAUCCGGUGUGAGCUCAGCCUCAAGCAGCGCUUCCUCAUCCUCCGCUUCGACCACCCCCGUGGCCUCCACACGUUCCCACAAGCGAUCGGUGUCCGGGGUCUGCAGCUCGGCCCCUUCACUGCCGCUCUACAACCAGCAGGUGGGCGACCACUGCAUCAUCCGGGUCAGCCUUGACGUGGACAACGGCAACAUGUACAAGAGUUUGCUGGUGACUAGCCAAGACAAGGCCCCAACUGUCAUCCGCAAGGCCAUGGACAAACACAACUUGGAUGAGGAGGAGCCUGAUGAUUAUGAGUUGGUGCAAGUCAUUUCGGAAGACAGAAAGCUGAAGAUCCCUGACAAUGCCAAUGUGUUCUAUGCCAUGAAUUCGACAGCAAACUAUGACUUCGUGCUGCGGAAGCGGACCAGCGCCAAGGGCGCAAAAGUGCCACAUGGCGCCAGCUCCACGCUCCCUCGUGUUCGGCAGAAGGGGCUCCGGAUGGCCAAGGGCAUCUUCUAGAGGGGCGUGCCACACAGUGACAUUGGGGUAUCCCAGCACCUGCCCCAGCACCAUAAACGCUCCGGCGCCCCAUAACCGGGAUUGACGCCCUUACCGGGCCGACCUGGUCUCCCUCCCUGCCUUAGGUGCCUUCUGCUCUCCAGAACCAGGGGACCAACCCAGCGCUGCCAGGGAAGCUGGGAUACCCCACUCCCUUCACACCUGCCUUGGUGUGCUUACUGCCACCUGUGCCCAGGGCACCCUCUAGCACCCUCAUCCACCGGGGCUGCCUGGGCAGCUCUCCUCGUGCCUGGCCCCGGUGGCUCGGCCUUUCAACGGCCACUACACCAAAGAUCCCGCCAUCUGGGGACCCCUGAGAUGGGAGUAGCUCAUCCUGUGCUCCAGCCUGCCCUCCCUGGCCACUCAGGGAGCCCCAAGGCUCAGCCAAGCUGGAGCCUAUAAGUAACAAGGAUGCUGCCACUUUGGCCCCAGUGCUGGCCUGGGCUCCACGUACUGAGAUUAUGGGAGAACUUGGGGACCUCGCAAGACCAACCGCACGAGACUUCGGGAAACCUCGCAGGAUCAACCACACGAGACUUGGGGAGAUAACUUGAGAUCAUGCUAGAUGGGAGUGGGGAAAUGAGAGACUUAAGCGGAGGGAUGAUGGGGCUGGAUAUUUGUAUAAAAGGCAAACAAAAUGUUUACCACUUGGGGAGGGGCAAUAUUUAUUUGUUGUAAAUAGCAAACGCUAGACUUGAAGAUUCUAUUAAAGUUCAGUUUCUACCAGA